AUGCGAGCUGCCUACUUCCUCGUCUUCCUCCUGCUCAUCGUCAUCACCCGUGGAGCCCCCACUCCGAAGGCCGUGCAUUCCGAUCCAUAUAAGACUCAGGUCAACCUAGUGCAGGCACACGGAGAUCACGGAAAAGACGGAAACGAUGUGGCUCAGGGAAACGUGGGCAGAAGCAUUCACACUCCGUCACAUCAUCUAAUUGAUAACGGCACUAGUCCGUGA